AUGUGCAUCGAUUACAAGGAAUUGAACAAGUUAACUAUUAAGAACAAGUACUCUCUACCAAGGAUUGAUGACUUGUUCGAUCAGCUGCAAGGUAAGACGGUGUUCUCAAAGAUUGAUCUUCGAUCUGGUUAUCACCAGUUGAGGAUUAAAGAUGAGAAUAUACCGAAGAUGGCUUUCCGAACGCGUUAUGGGCAUUAUGAGUUCUUAGUCAUGUCUUUUGGUUUGACCAAUGCCCCAGCAACUUUUAUGGAUCUGAUGAACAGGGUGUUCAAGGACUUUUUGGAUCAGUUCGUCAUUGUCUUCAUCGACGACAUCUUGGUAUACUCCGGUUCAGAGGCAGAACAUGAGCAGCAUCUCCGACAGGUUUUGCAGAGGUUAAGGGAGCAUCAGUUGUAUAGUCAAGCUACUUUAUGGUUAAUCGCACAAAGUACUUCCAUGUCCAGAGAUUAUACAACAGUUACUGAUGAUUCAUCUCAAGAUUUUAGGAUGUUAGGAUUUAGAGGAGAUCUUCGCCAUGGACAUAGAAGGAGGCAGGCGACAAGAAGUGAAAUGGGAGGAGGCCCAGGCACCAGCACAGGAGCUGGUGGUACAAGAGGUUGCUCCAAUCACAGAGAGAGUAAUGACAAAGGGAGGGUGAAUGAAGAUCCAAUUCCCCACUCCAUAGAAAAGUACGAUGCUGCGAGACUUCAGGCAGAGCAAUUCGCCAAUAAGCUUAACUAUCUAUCUCGAUCAGAUGACUAA